AGUCUAUGCGCAUUAUACGUGAAACGGAACCAAACGGAAUCAAACGGAAUGUAGCUUUGGUAUUGCGUCGAAGCGUGCGUAUAUUUGUUGAUUAUCACGUUUACUCUUUACAGUAGAAAUUUGAUUAUCUGAUUGUAUUUCACGUAAUUCGCGACAUAAUGUUACGCUCCGAGAAGAACGAUAUCACCAUCAGGGAAAUGAUGAAAGACAGUACAGCAACCGGAGCAAUUUUGAAAGCGAACGAGCCAUGGCGAGAAGCCAAAGCGAAGCUCUAUUACGAUUUCUUGCACAGCACGCAGGCCCAUCUCUCGGAAGCGCAAAUCUUUGAUACUAUUGCAGAUUUUAUACAGAAUUGUACCGAUACAUUAGAAAUAAUGAGAGGUAUGCAGUCGAAAGUUGAGAGCACCGAAAUAGCAGAAGAAGAAAUUUCUUUAGAAAGUGAACGAAACACAUGGAGACUGAUAUAUUGCCUUUACCAGAAUCGCAUAAGCAGUGCUAACUUAUCUACUCGAAUGGAACACGAUAAUCAGACGAGUAACAAUUAUAUCUCUGAAAAAGAUGUUAUAGAGAAUUUAUACAAAACUGAGAGUUAUAUUAGAGAAUAUCAACUGAUCAUUGAUUGGUUAGAGAAGAAUGCUCUGGAUCAGGCGGAUAGACAUUCAACUAUAGAGCUUUUCACUGAUAAAACGGUAGCUUGGGAAAACACGAUUCAUCAAUUGCAAAAUCGAAGUUUAGGGAUUGCAUUCAGCUCAUCUAGACCGUUAGUAUCAUCUCUUGAUCCUGACGCACCAAUACGAGAAGGUAAACCACUGCACGAUCUGGACAGAGAAGAUGAUGCCAGACUCGAGAAGAGAAUGUUUAUAGAGGUUCGUUGUGGACGUCUUCAAAAAGCACAAGCAUUAGCCAUGCAUUGUGGUCAACCUUGGAGAGCCGCAUGUUUAUUAGGAUGGAUCCCUAAUCACGAUCCAAAUUACAUUAAUCCAUUGACAGACACUAAAUUACCAAUUGAGGGAAAUCCUAACAGGAGUCUUUGGAAAGUUUGCGCUUGGGAACUGUCUCAAGAUAAACGUGUAGGUGUAUUCUAUCGUGCCAUAUAUGCGAGUCUCUGUGGUAAUGUUCAGUUACUACUACAGAUAGCCUCAUCUUGGCAAGAUGCGCUAUGGGCAUACAUGAAAACUCUUCUCGAUAUCAAAGUUGAGUCAGAACUGAGAGCAACGAUGGCAAAGAUUUAUACGAUCAUGCCAGAGGAAUAUUGGAAAAAUGAGAUCACGUUGGAAGACGCGUUCAAAGAGCUGCACGCAUCAAAGAAUCCAAUGAUACGCGGUCAAUCUAACAAACCCGAUCAUUUAAUUCAAAAGUACAUAAUACUGGAUCAGAUACCGAAGCUGAUGACAGAGAUCGAGAGUAUGUUGGAUGUCGGCGUCUGCGAUUCGCAGUUUCUCAGGUUCCUCGCACAUCUGAUACUGUUUUUUAGACAGAUCGGAAAAUGUACGAAGAGCAAAGUUGAGAACAAAGUACUGCUGGCGUACGUUCGUGUUCUCAUUGAGAUGGGCGAUCCGACUUUAAUCGCAUUCUACACAGCUACGUUACCUCAGGAGGAACAAGUAACCAAUUAUGCCUCUUAUUUGGAGGACGUUAAGGAAUAUGAACAACGCAAGAAAUGUUUACGCGCAGCGGAAGAUGCAAACUUGAACGUGGAAGCAAUCACAAAAUUAGUUGUGGAAAAUAUACGUAAGAAAGAUGUGGAAGUCGAUUCGACGGAUCUAAAGGGAACUAUCACUCACUCGGAUAUGGAGAAGAUCAAUGCAUUGGAUUGGUUGAUCUUUUAUCAAAGUCAGAGAGAGGAAGCUUUGUGGCAAACGAACGCCCUGAUUCGAUAUUUUCUAACUAACGAGAAGAUUGAUGCGGCGCGAAAAGCAUUUAACAAGAUCCCAUCAGAUUCGAUCGAAUCAGUGAUGGCUGAAUAUCCAAGUAUGGAAUGUACAAUUACGAAUCUUACGAUAACUAAUAAUUUAUCGAAAAAGGCGGCUGCCUCGAUAAGAGAAUACCUUUGUUACAAAACGUACCUCGACGCUCAAGAAGGGUUCGGCGAAUGGUUCUCGCAUUAUCAUCAUGGCAAACCUACGCCGCUGGAAGAAUUGUCAACGUAUGCCACGUUCACGGAGAAGGUCGCGUACGAUCACAGAAAGGCACAGUACAACGUUGAAUUGGAUAGAUGGAAAAGUACGAUGCAACAUCACACAAAGGCUGUGAAACAGUUAUUAUUUAAUGUGCUAUUAUUCCCGGACGGUGGUUGGCUCGUCGAUUCAAGGAGUAGUAAUGACGAACCAUGCACACCUGAGAACGAGCUCAGGGAUCAUCAGAUGGAGAAAUUGCGCGAGCUUUGCAUUCCUAAAGUCACACUUCUAUUGCAUUCCGUUAUGUCCGAAAUGAACGAGCAUGCCGGAUGCAUUCAGCUGGCUGACGUACUUGCCUCUGAGCAAUAUCAACUAUACAAAGUAUUCCCAAAGGGAAGAUUACGCGAAGUAUUCAAAAAAAUUUGCGAAUCGUCUCUUAUCUUGAUGGAUCAAAAGAAAGACGCUUGGGGAUAUUCAAAAUGAAGUUUAAAUACCUCAUUGUAUGUGUGUGUGUGUGUACAGUAUAUACAGUAAUAUUACUACAUAUUACUGUACAAGUCUUUUCGUGAAAUUACAGUGAAAUGCUAUUUAUGUCAUGUCUUUUUUUAUAAAACCAGUUUAUUGUCAACCACAAGAAGUGAAUAUAAAAUUUCAUACAAUGUUCAAUAAUUCAUAAUCAUAAUAUAUCAUAUAAUACCUGUUUA